AUGGGGGAUCCAUCUAAUUUGUUGGUCUAUGAUCUUAAAGGAAGUGAAACCAACAGACUGGAAAAGAAGAAGAAAGGAGUCCUUCUGGAUACUAAUUUCAGAAUUGAUAGAAAUUCUGAACCUAUUCCUAUUCUCAAGGAAAAUUACAGAUACAAUGACAGAGCAUUCUAAGUAUUCCUUUAAUCUUAUAGUAGAUCGAUUGCAAAUUCCUCAAUAAACAAAAUGUUAUUGACUAUUCAUUGUUGUUGAUCAUUGACUAAAAGUAAAAGAAACUCAGAAUGGGUAUUAUUGAUUAUUUAAGAUUCUACACUUGGGAUAAGGAAACUGAACAUUAUUUAAAGUAUUUAUUAAAAGGAGGAAUGGUAUCAUAUUAAUUUAAAUCCUUAUUUACAGGUACCUACCAUUGUUAAUCCAGGAGAUUAUAAAAAGAGGUUCAUUAAUGCAAUAUUAAAAUAUUUUAUACCAGUGUGA